GGAUAUUAGACUAAGAGGAAUUAUUGAAGAUACACAAUCUAUAGAUUUAAAUCAAGAUUUGCUAAAUCAAGGUUCACCAGUAGUUCUUUUGGAUAAUUUGAUUGAUGUUAACAUAUCAGAUAGUGGUGAUUAUCAUGAAACUGAAUGUUUGUAUCAUAGCAGUAAUAGAAGUAUUAAACCAGAAUUACUGAAAAUUAUUCAAUAUAACUCCUUUAUUAAUCAAAUUUCUUCAUAUAUUCAAGGCAAACAAUAUUUAUCAGCUUGUUUACCUUUAAUAGUACCAAAAGAAACUACUGAUGUGGAAGAAUUGGCUGGAAUAGAUUCAGAAUCUUUUUCAGGUGUUUUUCUUAAUUCUAAAAAUACAAACACAAACCUUUUGAAAGAAAUAUUAGAUUUAUUAGUUGAGUAUUACUGCAAUACUUAUGAUAGAAAUUUUGCAGUACUAUCAGAUAUCUAUGUCACUUCACCUAAUGCUAUACCGGUACUUCUGAGA